UAUUGCAGAGCGAGCGUUCAUGUUGGCUCCGUCAUUGACACUCCCUUAUCACCAUUUUACAAAUGCGAUCCUCGGUUAUAACAUUGGUAGGCCUAUACCACGAACAACUCGGUCAAAGGCUACUAGUAUUUCAUAUUUGUGGUUAUGCGAACAGAAAUGUAAACAUUGUUUUCUUCUUCGUCUGGAAACCACAGGCCACCGUUUGGUGUAUUGUCGUUCGCCGAGCGAGAGGCGUCUGUACACGCAUGGGCUGCCGGCCGCUAGAGUCGCUGAGCUACCAGCUAACCUGCACGUUGCGCUCGCAAUCAUAGUGGUUUGUGUACGUGUAUCUCGCGAUGUGUAAUACUAUUCUGAGAAUCAUAUUUAUAAUAACAAUACAUCUGACAGAAGUAAGUACUCUGCCAUGUUGCAGCAAGACGUCAACUAUCCGUUCUCUUUUGUUUAAUUUCUCAUCUCACAACCGAGACAUGACGGUCGAGUGGCCGAUUACAGUAUCUUAAAUCAUUCUUUGUGAAGACCGUCGAGUUGAAUCUAAAGUCACACAGAUAUGGACAUUCAUGGCGUACGUGACAAAAGUGGGCUCGGGAAAGGGACAGUUCAGGAGGCGAGGGAAGAGGCUGUUUCGAGUCCUCCGGCAGCUUCAGAAGCCGCUUGUGCCAUUGAAUUAUGUUCAGUUAUGAGUAAAUUGUCAUGUUCUCGUUGUAAAGAUGUAUGUUAUUGUUCCAAAGAACAUAUGGAAAGUGAUUGGCAAAGUCAUAAAAAGGUAUGUAGAUCAGCUGUAGGAGAUCAAAUAUCUAAAGCCGGCAGCAGUAACCAAAGUAUGAAAGCAAGUUUGCCAAGUCUUCGUAAUCUUCGCAAACGCUCAACAGGUGACAGUAACCCAAGCUUAAGGUAUUACGAGAGCUCGUCAUCGUCAUCCAUGUCGUCAAUGUCGUCGUCUUCGUCUAUCUCGUCUCUGUCGGUGUCGAGGGAUCUGCAGAGUUUAGGACUGAUGUCCAGUGGCUCGCUCAGCAGUCUAUCAGAUGUGAACGACAGUCAGUUUGAGCAAGAGAAUGAGCAAUCAACAUCAACAGGAUCGUUUCGACGCACCACAUCAUGUGGACGCGGGCUCAAACCUUUGUCGGAACUUGGAGAAAUGCAAGACAUCGACGAGUUCAACACUGAAGGCUACAGGAGCACACUUCCUUCUGUUUCAUUUAUUCUUGGUCCGCCUCAGAACACUGGCAGCAGUGACUCAAACGUGAUCACCUCACCUACGCCGUUUUCGGUUGGUGUUGCUCCUCAGUUGAAGAUCCCCACAAGUGCAGACAACGGCGACCAAAUCAAUGCCCCUGUCAAUGUGAACUUGUCCCCGUUGGUCAAGUACAUUGUGAAAAACAUGAUGGACAAAGGAAUCUGUGUGGUUGAUAAGUUCCUGAACGAAUCCCUUGGAGAAGAAAUCUUGAAGGAGGUGAAGGCCCUUCACCAAGAUGGCAACCUGACGGAUGGACAGCUUGUGUACAGCCAGGAGCAUACAUCCAGUAAAGAGAUCCGAGGGGAUAAGAUUACGUGGAAAAACGGAACGGAGGAAGGAUGCUCCAGUAUUGGACACCUCAUCUCAAAGAUGGAUGCAAUCAUCAUGCAGUGUCAGGGCCAUCUUGGAAAGCUUGUCAUCAAUGGGCGGACAAAGGCUAUGGUAGCAUGUUACCCUGGCAACAACACCAAAUAUGUGAAGCACAUUGAUAACCCUAACGCAGAUGGACGUUGUAUUACAUGUAUAUACUACCUCAAUAAGGACUGGGAUACAAAGAAGCAUGGGGGUCGUCUUCAGAUAUAUCCUACCACUCAGAACAUUGUAGCCAACAUAGAUCCUAUCUUCAACAGACUCAUCUUUUUCUGGUCCGACAAACGCAAUCCACAUGAAGUGCUUCCAGCAAGAGCCACAAGGUAUGCUAUCACUGUGUGGUUCUUUGAUGCAGUAGAGAGAGCCAAAGCUAAAGCAGGAGGAAUGGAUACCUGACAACCCGC